CGGCGCUGCCGCCGCCAUGAGCAAGGGCCCGGGGCCGGAACCGGGGCUGGACCCAGGGCCGAACCCGGAGCCCGCCCGCCACAGCGACCCCGCCGACCCGGGGCCUGGCGCCUCCGGCGGGCUCUUCGCGUGGCUACGCGGGCGCUGCCUGGGCCGCGGGGCCGCCGUGGACCCGGCGCGGGACACGUUCGACGCCAUGACCGGGCUGUACGGCGCCAUCCAGCCCGCGGACUCCGUGUCCCUCAGCACCCGCACGCACGGCGCCGUCUUCAACCUCGAGUACUCGCCCGACGGGUCGGUGCUGACCGUCGCCUGUGAACAGACUGAAGUCCUGCUCUUUGACCCAAUAUCUUCAAAGCACAUCAAGACUCUCUCUGAAGCUCACGAGGACUGUGUAAAUAACAUCAGGUUCCUGGACAACCGGCUGUUCGCCACCUGCUCCGACGACACCACCAUCGCGCUCUGGGACCUGAGGAAGCUCAACACCAAAGUGUGCACCCUGCACGGCCACACCAGCUGGGUCAAGAACAUCGAGUACGACACCAACACCAGGCUGCUGGUCACCUCGGGCUUCGAUGGCAACGUCAUCAUCUGGGACACCAACAGGUGCACGGAGGACGGAUGUCCCCACAAGAAGUUUUUCCACACCCGUUUUCUCAUGCGCAUGAGGCUGACGCCAGACUGUUCCAAGAUGCUGAUCUCCACCUCCUCUGGCUACCUUCUGAUUUUGCACGACCUUGACCUCAACAAGUCCUUGGAGGUUGGCAGCUACCCGAUUUUGAGGGCCAGGAGGACCACGUCGAGCUCAGACAUAACCUCGUCAGGAUCCUCUGGCCCUCGAGCUGUGGGCUCGCCCUGUCACCAGAGCAACUCGGGGCCGCUCUCUGAGAAAACCCUGUCACGGCCCUCGCAGCGAGAAGGGGGAUCUCCUAGAAACAGCCUGGAGGUGUUAACUCCAGAGGUUCCUGGAGAAAGAGACCGAGGGAACUGCAUCACCUCGCUGCAGCUGCACCCCAAGGGCUGGGCCACGCUGCUGCGCUGCUCCAGCAACACAGAUGACCAGGAGUGGACUUGUGUCUAUGAAUUCCAGGAAGGAGCUCCGGUGCGCCCCGUGUCCCCGCGCUGCUCCCUGCGCCUGACCCACUGCAUCGAGGAGGCCAACGUGGGCCGGGGCUACAUCAAGGAGCUGUGCUUCAGCCCCGACGGCCGCAUGAUCUCCUCGCCGCACGGCUUCGGCAUCCGCCUGCUGGGCUUCGACGCGCACUGCAGCGAGCUGGUGGACUGCCUGCCGCGGGAGGCCAGCCCCCUGCGCGAGAUCCGCUCGCUCUACUCCCACAACGACGUGGUGCUCACCACCAAGUUCUCCCCCACGCACUGUCAGAUCGCCUCGGGGUGCCUUAGCGGACGCGUCUCGCUCUACCAGCCAAAGUUCUAGCGGCGGCCGCGGCGCCCGCUCGCGGGUCGGGCUGCGGAGCGGCGGCGGCGCGCUCUCUCCGAGAUCCCUGAGCUCACACCAGGUCGCCCUGGCCUCCUGCAAGGAUUGUCCAGGCCAGCACCAUGCGGAUCGUGGUCCUGCUGCUCCCGUGCCGUCGGGCUGUCCUGCUGUGUUGGUGCCCUGACACUGGGUUGUUUCCUUCAGCACGGCUCCCAGGGGCUGUUUGGAGCAGCGCAGAGGGGUGCCCAGGUACCUGCCUCACCUCUGCUCCCUUCUCUGUCACCGAACCAACUCUGUGGUCAUCAGUACAUAACGGACUGCUUGUCUGCGUAAGCAACACGGUUAGUUUCUCUGACC